AUGAAUUGCGGCGCAGUUUUCAAAGGCCAAGAGGCAAAAAUUGAAGAUUUUCCCUACCAGGUCUCCAUUCAAAACUCCGAUGGUAAUAAUCAUUUUUGCGGUGGCGUAAUUAUCGAUCGCCGUCACGUUCUUACAGCAGCUCAUUGCUUAUACGGAUUCGAGCCCGAAGAUUUUAAAGUCGUCGCGGGGGUAUCAAAUUUAAAAUUACCCGGCAGUGUUUACUCUGUAUCAGAUCUGUUCGUACACGAUGGUUUCGCAUUCAACAGACCAGCUAUAAAUGAUAUAGCUCUGUUGAGGGUUAACACUUCGUUCCAAUUUUCUGACGUCGUGAAGCCAGCCAAAUUAAGCAUGGCCAGACGAGCAUAUGGACCAUCUCGUAGUUCGGUCUUAUACAUAAGUGGAUACGGAAGAGAUAGUUUACAUUCUUGGUCAUCGAAACUAUUGAGAAAAGGUGAACUGCGCAUCACUCACGUGAGGUUGUGCGAAAAAUAUUUCAAAAAACACAACUACUAUCAGCCUCAAAACCAAAUAUGCACGAAAGAAAAAAUUACUGGUCGUGGCGGUAUUUGCAAGGGUGACUCCGGAGGUCCUUUAUCGAUAAACGGAAGAGUUAUCGGUAUCGCGAGCUUCGCCAUGGAAGGAUGCGCCGGUCCAGGUGAUCCAUCCGUGUUCACCAAAAUCUCAUCGUACGUUGGUUGGAUACAAAGAAAAAUUAAGAUGAGUUCGAUGAACAGUAUAGAUAUGCCGGAUUAA